UCGCACGCGCCGAGAGAGCGGUCGCCAGGUUACUCCGGUAAACAACCCCCGCAGCAUGUCCCAGCUACAGUUUUUGGAGCUGCCCAAAGGAGUUUACUUGCCGUUGACCAUAAUUAAUCCUGGUUUGUGGUACUGGAAAGAAGAUUCUAGAACACUCGAAUUUUCAUGUGCCCAGCUUAAGGAAGAACUUAAGGACAGUAAAGAGAAAAAUAAGAAAGGCAAGACUAUCCAAUUUCAGGAGCUUGGAGCAAAGCCACUAGAAAGGUCAGGUCCUCAUUAUUUUCGAAAUCUGUUUACCUUGAGUGUUUCUUCUGGAGAAGACAAAUCCCCUCGGCCAACCAAGAGAGCACAGUCUGAACUUAUAACUCUAGAAGAUGUUAAGUAUGCUGCUUUAUUUCUGGCACAUGAAGAUGAUUCCAUUCACGUUUCUUCUUUCUCCUUAGUUAUGAGGUGUAAGCAGUUGGAUGAUUUCCUCAUGGCUUUGUUGUACUAUAUUUCUUUUUAUCUGGAAAAAAUAAACCUGGAGAUGAAACCCAAGUCUUUUAUGGGAAAGCCCAGCAUCCUAGAAAAAAAAGAAAUGAAAGAAAUCCAAAUAAAGCUAGCAGUGACCAAAAAGCACCUUGCUGAAAUGUACUGUAUCCUUAUCCUUGGACUGGGAAUGUCUGAUCAGCAUCACAUGGCUUGUGGAAAAAAGAAAAUAUCAUCAUCUCGGAAAGACAGGGAAUUCUUUGAGUGCUUGUACAACUUUGCAUCCUACGUAGCUUUUGUGACAUUCAGACAAAAGAAUCUCAAGGAAAUCCAGCAAGAAGUUGGUAGAUUGCUCCGGUCAAAUAUGUUCAAUUCUGCUUUAAGAGAGAGAUCCAAAUCUAAGGAAAUGAAAACGGAUAUUACCAAAGAAUUGAUGAAAGCCACAUUUGCCUUUCGCAAGAGAACAGAUGUUAAGCAGCCAGCCAUAAGAAGUGUCAUGGAUCAGCGAUCACCAGUGCUUAGUACUUUGCUGCCUCUGCCUAAAGACAGUGCUCAAUAUCUGUUUCAGGAUCAUUAUCUUCGUCCCAGCAAAACUGCCCCACGUUACAUCCCAGAAAACCUACCAGAGUUGUUUUCUAUUGUGUCACCCUCCAAGAUUGGUAUUAUUGGAUCUCAACGCACCAAGUUUGUCCCUCAUACACUUUUACCAAUUGGGAGCACAGAGGAUGAGAAGGAAAAUGGGGAGACUCUCGAAAGAAGUGUCUCUUCAGUAUUGUCAAAGGAAAUAACCACAGGCUCUGGUAGGGCUGUUCAAAGCGGUGCCAGUCACCAAUCUCUGGUGAUUUCACGGGCUACGACUGAAGGAGACUAUGUUGAAAAUUCCCAGUGAUACAUGCUAGCAUGGGGGAUACAAUGCCCAUGUAUUAAAUCUCUUGGCAAUUUUCUAAUUAGCUUUUGAUUUUAUCCAUUACUUAUGCCUGAGAAAAUAUGGCAAGUUUAAUACUAUUAAGUGUCAAAGUGCUGCCCCAAAUAAUAAAUGAAAAAUCCUCAUGAGGACAAAUACUAUAAACACUUUUGGUUUGUACCAGGUUAACUGCUAUAGAUAUUCAGCCAAAAAUGCUGGGAAUGUAAACUAGCUUUAAGUAUUUGUAAUUCAAAUAUCUGAAGGUAUUUCUAGUCAUAUAUGAAUUAUUUAUGACUAAUAAAGCAGUUUAAACUGGAAAUUUGGAUACUCAUAUAGACUAAGUUUGUAAAUUAUGUCUGUUAAACAAUGGUUUGAUUUAGUCCAACUGACUCCAUUGCUUGAGUUCAGUACAACACAAUCAGAUACAUUUAAAAUUUCUGUUGACAGAUUGGUUUUAUGUUAGAUCAUUCAAUGGAAUGUAUUGUAUAAUUAAUAAAGCAGUAUGGUUUUCAAACAGGUAAAAGUAUAUUAAAAUCAUAAGAGAAAUAGGCACAAAUAUACCUACUUUAAGAGUAUACCUACUUUAGAUAAAACUGCUACUUAAUGUGGAGGAAGGGACUGGACAGCCCCUUGUCUGGAAUAGUAUAGGGUCUCCUGCCUGAGCAUGGGGUUGGAUUAGAAGACCCUCAACAUCCCUUCUAACUCUGUUAUUCUGUUCUGUUGUGUUCAAUAUAAAUGUAGCAAGACACUCUUUUAUUGAGUGGAUGUUCAAAACCUAUGAUAUUGUAACCAAGGAGUCUUUGCCUUGCAUUUUACAAAUCCCUGAAAGAAGUAAAAUAUGGAUUUAUUUAAAAUAUGGAAGAUCAGCUGGAACAUUAUUUGCAGAUAUAGUGCCCCUUGUUGGCUCCUAUCUGCUGCUUUUGGCAUGCUAAAGGCAGCUAAAUGGCAAUCAUAGACAUGAUCUGACAGUUAUUCCUACAUUACUCAGAUUCUAUGGAUGGCGAUUUUGUUUGUGUGCUUGCUUAAUCUUGUAGUUAAUUUUAUCCUAGACUAAUUUCAAACCCCAGAGUUAGAAGGGGGGCAUUAGGUAAUGACAUUUUAAUCACGGAAUCUAAAUUAUCUGUACUGAUUAUUUUAGAGAUCAAAGUGUUAUAUGAAAACAGAGUGGUUUUAUUUGCUAAACUAUAGUUCAACACAACUAUGUGUUGACAUAAUCCAUUUUAGACUGACUGGGCCUGUAAAUAUAAGGAACCUUGCGUUUGGUUUACUAACAUAAUCGAUAGUAUCCAGAAUGUAUGUUUCUACUCAGUAUAUAUAAAACCCUAUAUUUCAGUAUAAUUGUUUAUUUAUAAAACAAACCCUGCCCCUGGUAAAUGCUAUAUUUAUUUACUUAUUUCAUUUACUGAUUGAUAAUUUAAGUUUGACUCUGGAGUGACUUUGUUUGGCUUAUUGUCAGAUCACCAAACCAAGAAAGACACAUGGCGAUCCCUUCAGGUUGAUUUCUUCAUUGUUCCACACUAUAGACAGGAUCUUGCCAAACUGAAGCACUCUGCUAGCUACAUCAAACAUAAUUUGAGAACUAUUAGGGAGGAGUUGUCUUCACCCUAUUUGUCUCACACAACUAUCUGGACUGAGCUGCCUCUUAUUCUUCUGGAAUGCACCACUCCUUUCUGGAAAUCCAGCCUACAACAUUCCAUCACACACUAUAAAGAAUAUAGACACAGAUUUAAAAGACAGUAAUAAACAGAAAAGUAUACAUGUCUGGAAACAUUCCCACAAAAUACACCUGAUGGGCUCAACAACCGCUUUAUUCUAAUCCUGGAAAAGAGUCAGGUUUUCUAGGAGACUAUAACAUUGGGAAUUACAUAGACAUAUUCCCUUUUGUUGAGGGAAUUGCAUUUUUCUAAGUCA